AACCAAGUCAUGAGCAUUAUGGAUCCACAUUCAAGGCUUUCCCAGUUCAACCAUAGAACACCAAAGUCAGGUCCAGUAUCGUCAGUAAAUCGCUUUAUGGAUCCACAGCCAAAAGUUACACUCGAGAAAUUCACAAAACGUUCAUCAUCGAAACCAUCACCUGCAAAUACAUCGUCCUUGUUCACACAGCGCCCAAUAGCAACCAACUCACGGGUAAAACAGGACGAAAAAUAUAAAAAAGACCUAUAUCUCGCGUUUGUCAAUGAUGCAUUGCAGCAGAAACUCAAUGGUCGCAGUGAGGCUUUUGAUCAGCUAGUAGACCAGUUCAACCCCAAGAAUAUUGCUGGUGAUGGCGCUGUUCCAUCCGCUCAACUUCGAUUGUGGAUAGUGGCUCUUUCACAUGUCCUCUCUCGUCUGGAGAGGCGCCACUCAGCCCUCGUAGAAGCCAUUGUCAACAUGCCAUGGACAACGAUGGAUACUGUUUUUGUAAAGUCAUACACCGUUUUUAUUGGAAUGCUCCUGAGUGCAAGACCAGAAUAUCUGUCUCUCGUCCUGGGCAAAAUAGCACAAGACUUGACUUAUCGUCAUCCUGAGAGUUCUUCCGGCCCCUUGACUCGUCGAGUCAUUUACGAUCGACUACACUACCUUCUGCAGCACCUUCUUUCACUCAUCCCAACGUUACCGUCUACCCUACAACCCUUACUUGUACGAAAUUUCCCCCACAAGCGUCAGCCACAAGUGGCUCAAGUGGCCUACAUUCGUAACCUCCUUCGAGUGACAGAAUAUUGCCCCGAGCUUGCCGAUCGCAUAUUAGCUACAAUUAUAGAUCGUGCGAUACAAGUAGAUGUGGAAAUACAAGUUGAGUUGGAGGAGCUUGAAGAGGAAGACCCGCAGGAUCACGACGAAAUAUUCGAGUUAGACCCUUUUGAUACUGUCGUGGGACAGGAGGGUGAUGACGAGCCGGAGUCGGAAAGCGACGGUGAAGAUGGAUUUGAUGAUCUAAGUGACUUGUCUUCCGAUGAUGGUGAUGCGGAGGAAACAGGAAACCCAGACAUACAUCGAGAUGCUAAACAUAUUCACGACAUGGUCAACAAGCUAGAUGCCAUACUCAAACUCAUAUUCGAUCACUUCAACCGCCUGCAUGCAGCCGCAGCCGCACCUGCAACUGCAACUGCAACUUCACCUUUUCCAAGUUCUCCCGCCACCCCUCGAUUCACCUCACCACCGUCAGCGCUAGACAUGCCGGACUUCCCCGCAUCGCCUGCCCCUUUGUCGUUUGAACGAGGUCGCGCUCUCCGUCGUUCCCAGUUCCACACUCUUCUCUCUAUAUUCGACCGCACCAUCAUCCGCACAUUUAAAUCCCGUUAUACUCAAUUCCUCAUCUUUUGGUACUCCUCCCUCGACCCAGAGUUCAGUGACCUUUUCCAAGGCAUGUUGGUCGAAAAAGCUCUGCUCACGCAAGAUCAACCGGCAGUCACGCGCGCAGCUGCUGCAAGUUACAUAGCGUCGUUCGUCAGCCGAGCCCAAUUUGUCGAUCGCGACGGCACACGAAGGGUUAUGAGCGUGCUAUGUACUUUCCUCCAGAGUCAUCUUGAUGCUUUCGAUGUGAUAUUACAAACAGGACAGGAGCUACCCAGUGUGGCGCACCACAGCGUGUUUUAUGCCGUUACUCAAGCAGUGUUCCUUAUAUUUUGCUUCCGAUGGAGGGAUCUGCAAGAGGAUGAGGGAGAUGUGGACGAAUCACUUGGAACGGCUAGCUCCGGCAAGAAAUGGAUGCCAGAGUUGAGCAUCGUGCAGCGGGUGUUGACAUCUCUACUUAAUCCACUCAAGGUCUGUUCAUCGAACGUGGUAAUGCAAUUUGCGCGCGUCGCACAGGCCACCGAUUUCGCCUACUGCUACUCGAUUCUCGAGGUCAAUAAGCGUUCCGAUUAUAACCCCACUCCAGGACAGAGGUCCAGGGCUACAAUAGAUGGCGAGUCGUUAAACGCGGAACUCAAUACGUUUUUCCCAUUCGACCCGUAUAGACUACCUAAAUCCAGCCCUUACAUACAGGGCGUAUAUAGAGAAUGGUCUUCCGUAGCCAUUGAUGAAGACGACGACGAAGAUGAUGAUGAUGAUGAUGAUGGUGAUGAAGAAGAAGAGGACAUCUAUGACAUAUACUCUGACAGUCUCAAAAGUGCAGAAGACAACAAUCAUGGGCUAACGAGAUCUGGUCAUCUCGCUAUUCCAAAGCCGGAACCACUCCAAAAUCUUUCUGACGCAGAUGGCCUUGGAGAGUCUUUUGGGGGCAUGAGCAUCAGUCCAGCACAACCCAAAAUUCCCGUACUGCUUGUCUCGUAGCAUUCGUGUCGCAUGUACAUACUACCUCUACACUACAGUGUAUGUGUAUCAUGUUUUCGUAUGUAUGAUGCGUCCGUGAACGGGUCUUUUAUAACCAUACACCCUCAUGAUGAGAAGAAAGUCGUCUUGUAAAAUAUCUAACCAGAGUAUUAUAUCAACUUCAAUUGUAAGUAAUGAAGGUACGAUAGCAGGUACGACGCAAUAAUGAAGAUACAUCACCCUAAGCUGAAGAUGGCUGAGAGU